AUGGCUUUGCGCUUGUCUGCUGAACAAGCUGCACGUGCCGCCGACGGCUUCAGUGUCCUCCGUGCGCCUUUGCCUCAACAUGCGACUGAGAUCACCAGCUUGAUAUCGGACUUUUACGGAAUCAGCGCAUCCCUUUCCAGUCUGGAUGAGCUAGUCAAGGACUCUCGUUACCGCCGGAGUUGGCCCUUGGUGCAGGCGGACGUCGAGGUGCUGCGCUCGAGUCUAGGGUAUACAAUCGAGGAUGCACUCGAUUUCCUCAAGCGGUUAAACGGUGGUCAAGUGACAGCAGACACUUAUCGACGGACAUGGCAAACCAUUGACCAGUUUUUCUGGAAAGAGGCUCAGUAUUCUCUCAGUACCCGACUUGCUAAGUAUAAAGGAUUUCUGCGAGAAAUUGCCGACCUCUUGAAAGAUCCACGCCACGACGCUUUCCUUCUGGCAGCCUCACGAGAUGGGAUGAAGUCGCUUUUGGCCGUUCAAGAAAAGCGCAUUACCCCACAAUUAGGACGCAUGUCCUUGGGUCGCAAUCAUGCCUCAACCGGCCACGUAAACACCAGUACAGAUCAGACCAAGGCCCGAGAGGAUCGACAGCCAGCUCGUCGGUAUCACUCGUAUGAGCCGGGUACUUCGUCGCAAUUCCUCACAAAGCCCCGUCGACAAGCGUCAUACGAGCGAACUCGUCCGUCACGACCCUCUCCGCAGUAUCCACUAUCACCAUCUGACACCUCAUUCUCCGAUUUCCCUCCCGCGGUGCCGGAGGCGCCAAGCUCACCUCUUGGAACCGCCUCGGCAACGGGCACGAGCCGGUCCACGCGUUCGGACGCCGCUCGGUACCACUGGAUCAAAGAAGUCUUUACCACAUUUGAGACCGGGACCCCAAUUCCUCCGGGUCGGGAAAGGCAAGACCACUGCCAUAGACCCGGGUGCUUCGGUGAUCCGUGCCAGGAUAUGAAGUCAUGGCUCCGAGAGAAAAAGUACGACUUCCUCCUUCAAUUGGAAUUUAAAGAUGAGUCCAACAUGACCGUUUACUUCUAUAUGCGAGAGCACGAUCAUCGAGCCCGCAUAUUAUGCAAAAUUCCCCACAGUUCACAGCCAAGCGAGUACUACUGUCUACCUCUUAACAUGUUGGAAAUCGUUCGAGAGGGCUCCUGUCUCCAAUUGUGCCGCAGAAGACGUGGCGGGAGUGAACUUGUCUUGUGGGCCAGUAUAAAAUUUCCAGACAUGGAAAUGAUGGUUGCGUUCUUCACCACAUUUUUGGCUUUGCGCUCGCAGGACACCGGCUCCCCCAUUGAUCACAUUCGAGAUCAUGAAAUGGACGGAGAACGUGAAUUAUAUGGAGGUCAAAUCCUCGAGGACGACUAUGUCUAUGCUCUUCGGGUGUACCGUGACAGACUUAGCAAGGCUGUGAGAAUCCAGACUUCCAUUCACAAGGGCCAAAUGGAUCGCACUCCGGUUUGGACCGCAUUCAUAACCGAAAAUUUGGCUCGACGCAACUGGCUUCGUCUGGAAGCUGAUCAUCGGACCGUGCUUGUCCGCGGUCUGAAACCGAUUCUUCUCAUGCCGGAAGAGAGUUAUUCUUUCACGAUGACAAGACGGGGCGAACAUGUCCUGAGUUUCGCAACCGCUGAAGGUCAGCGCUCUUGGUCCAGUCAUGCUACCCUGCAGAAAGUUCUGAUUAACUAA